GCAAUGUCCCGCUUUGAAUGGAUACAGCAGUUUGUAACUUUUGUCUUCAAUGUAUUGAAAAAUAUUAUGUCAGUCUGGGACAGUACUGAGCGCCAGCACCAUCAGAUCUGCCUGGAGGAAGAAGUCAAUAAAGUAGAGUCAGAUGGAGCCACAUGGAACAGAGGGGAAGGAGAAGACACAGUUGACUCUGGUGGCCUGAAAGAUUCUCUGGAGAAAGUGUCAAAGGCCAUUUACAAGAAGUUUGUUUUCGAUUGGCAUACUCCGCCUGAGGAAUUACAGAAUCAGCCUUUGUAUAAAGAGAUUAACUCUGAGAUACAGAAUGUCUUCUUCAAUAUAAAACACAAAGCACAUCCCUUGGAAGAAUAUAAAAUAAUUAUAUCCAUUGCUUCUGGUUUUAUUGCUCACUUUAAAAACAAGAGGGAAAAAAAGGUAACUUACAGAUUUAAAACACGUCAAGAAGAAGUUGAUUUUAUUAGAAAGCACAUUACAUGUCUUCUAGACUAUUGGCUACCAGAAUCAAUGCAAAGAAAUCGGCUUAUUUAUGUCUUCAUAACUGAAAUUCUAUCAGUCAAUGUCUUAGAACAAAUGAUCAAAAUUUUUUCAGAAUUUACAAGUAUAAAUGAAGCAAUAGUGCAGGCCUUGGAUGAUAACCCAGCCACUGAGCAGAAAGAAGAUUCUGGCAAGUGUGAUGAAAUAGCUUCUGUCAACACAUCCGAUGAAUCUUACACAAUCAUGGAAAGUGAUAUUACAUCCAGGAAAAUACAAAAAAAAGAAAAGAAGGGAUUUAGAAAGAAAUUCAAAGGGCUUAAGUGGCUUAGAAAAAAAGGUCCAAAAACUGAAGCCGCGCCACAGUUCCGGUCAUAUUGUGCAGACAUGGACAAAGAUGUUGGUGACAUUGUUGACGCGGAGGAACACCUCAGUGAGCAGUCAAACACAGAUGAUGAAUCGACUGGAGACUCUAGUAGUAGUGAAAUAGAAUCUGAUUACUCUGGAAUUGAGUUCAGAACUUUUAACACACACAAAGAAGAGGAAAAAUGCAACAAUGUUACAGAUAAAAAAUCUUCAUCCACAGACCUUCAGGACACAGACGAGAGUAAAAGGGACGAUUUCUUGCUAGAUUCUUGUGAUAAGGACAAGGACUGUUAUCGAACUGAUGGAAUAAAAUUCCUACGAUCAAAGAAAAGAAAAGAAAAAUAUCAAAGUGCUUCUCCCAGUGAAAUAGAGGAAUUGCCCAGCACCGAUGUAACAGGACAUGAGGAAUUUCCCAGUGAGAAUGCAGAUAGAAGAACCAUAUUUUCCAACAUUCAACAUCAGCCUCCCAUUAUUAUGGACUCGCAUCCACAGAAGUUGUCUCAGAAAGUCAUAGGUUUGACCAGUCAGAACAUUUCACAGACUAUGGAACAACAGAAGAAAAAACUACAGGAGACUCUCCUUGAUGUUGUGUAUCAAUUAAUUGAUGAGGUUUUAGCAGGUGGUAAUACAGGAGUUUGUUUCCUGCACAGGAAUGGCCUUUUGAAGAACAUGAGUAAAUCUAUACUGGACAGCAUACCAAAACUAUAUGCAGAGGAACAGGUUAUUUGGUACUUGGAACAAGUUGCUGAACUGCUGAUGCCUCAAGUACGUCCACAACAGCUGGCACCAGAAAUUCUACAGUCCAAGGCACUAGAUAUCUUAAAAAAUAAAGUCCGAGGAUUCCUGCCCUAUAUUCUCAUAUUAUUUUUGGAGAGCAAGAUUAUGAAGAAUUUGAAGGCAUCCCAUCAAGCUUUACAAGAUCCUUUGGCAAACAAAGCAACUAUAUAUGGGAUUCUCGAUGAUCUUACAAAGAUAAUCACUGAUGAAGGUGGCAUGUUUAAUCCCCUGACAGUACAGUGAAGAGAUGCAUUCUAAUGCACGCGUUCCUCUUAAUAAAUUUGGUGCACCUUACUUUAACACUUGACAUCCAUUGACAAAUGGCAUAUGAAAUGUUUGUCUUUGUAAAUCCUCCCGGUAUUCCUAAAGUAAUAACACACACUGUUAUAAAAGGGAAUAUCCUAAGCCUCUUGGAUCACACUAAACUGUUUACAUUGAACGUUUACAUGUAUUAAUAUGAUGAGGUGUUAUUAUUGAUCUUGCAGAAAUGGGAUAUGCCAGCAGGGCACACUUGAACACAUUUUUUUUAUGACAGACAGGGCAAAGUCUGUUCGUAGGACUGCUACAUAAAGUCAUGGCCGUAAAUGUUGGCACCCCUGAAAUUUUUCUAGAAAAUGAAGUAUUUCUCCCAGAAAAGGAUUGCA